AUGAAAACAUCUCGUCGGAAAACCUCAUCAGAAAGUUACGCAGUCAGGCUUGCUGAGCUCUACCAGCAGGCGUCACAGGACAUAGUAUCGCUGGCUUCUAGACUCGCUCAGCACAACGGGCUUCGACAGUUCAGCGCGACUUUUUCCAACAGAGCUCCUCCUCUGGAGCUGCGAAUGCUCUUGCCGGAGUUGGAGGCCUCCAUCGAGCAGAAGCUGCAGUCUGUGAAGCGCUUGUGCAAUGAGAUCGCAGAAAUGCAGUUUGACGAUCAGAGCCGCAUGGCAGAGCUCCAGCAAUCAGUCUGUUGCUAUCUUCGCUCUGGAAUCGGAGAUGCCAGCGACACUUUUGCAGAGCAGCGGUCGCAUUUGCGAGCCCUGCAAGCUGCUGCCCCUCUGACAUCCCCAAUGACAAUGCCCGUACCGGCCAUGAAGCGGCCCAGCUAUGCCUCUCCACGGGGCCAUUUCGAGUCCUUCUCAACGGCGUCAACCCAGAGCUCGCCAAACAUGCGCGGUGCCUUGAAAGACCUCAGAAACAUUUGUGGCAUCGGCAAGGGGUCGACGAAGCUCAAGUUGAGGCCUGAGUUGCGGUGCGACGACUGGGACGACGACGGCGAGGCCAUCUGGAUGCCCACCCAUAAACGCAAGGUUGGGGUGUCUGGGUCCCUGUCUUACCAUCUCGUUGGACCUCCUUCUGUCAGCUGGUCCUGUCGGGGCCCGAAACUCAACUUGUUCCCACCCCCAAAUGGGCCGAGCCUUGGUCCGCUCCGCCAUGGAGCUCCGACUAACUCUUUCUGGACCCGACAGUCACUGCCACUUUGCCAUUUCGACGAACUUGGACAGCCGCAAAACCUGCGAGGUCGAUCCAAGACCUGA